AUGGUCGAGCCUGGAUUACACGCUCAAAUGGCCUCAGCAGCGCAAGUGGCAUUCCACCACCCCAACCACGUCCGCACAGACAAUGACGAUGCUCACAGACAUCACCAUGCGCGGCCCCGACUGCCCGUGAUUCCCGACCUGCGCUUUGAGUACAGCUACCUUCGAAGCAUCCAGCCGUUCAUAGAGGUCCAGCGGGUCUCAUCCAGCCCCCAAGAAACGAAACAGAGUCGUUCAACGGAGAUUGAGCUUAUUGACAAGGCUCUUCUGGAUCAAGGAUACGAGGCGCUCGAUACAUCGCUCGGGAUGGAUGAGAAGGAUGCCGGGAGUGUGCAAGGGCAGGCCGCGGUUGUGCAGGCUCCGAGGGAAGUCAUUACGGUGCAGUGGGGGAAGGUUUUCUGGGCCACUAUGCGUGAUCAGGUCAUUAGCCCAUUGGUGCAAGGUGCAUUGUGGGCAUUGGCCAGCCAUUUCCUGACUCCCUACUCGAUAGGCAUCGGCUCGAGGAUGGGGGCGUUUGUACACAGCCAUAUGCCCACAAAAGAGGGCCUCGGAGUCGUCUGGCUCCGAAGUUGGGUGCGAAAUCUCAGAGUGGGCAGUAAUACCACUGUACAAGCGUCGAGAGCAUCCAGAUAG